AUGGAACACACAAAUGAAACGUCUGUAAAAUUCAUUCUGAUUGGGCUGUCUAGUGACCCUAACCUCCAGGUGGUCUAUUUUCUCACUAUCCUAGUGGUAUAUCUGAUCACCUUAUCGGGAAAUCUUCUUCUGAUCUUCGUGGUGCAGAUUAACCCAAAACUACACACCCCCAUGUACUUUUUCUUAUGUAACCUCUCCAUCAUUGACCUUUGCUUCUCCUCCUCCAUCGUUCCCAUUCUUUUAAUCAACACCCUCUCCAAGGACACAAGCAUUUCUCUACAUGGCUGUGCAGCCCAGAUGUUCUUCUCUUUAGUUCUUGGAGCGACGGAAUGUUUAUUGCUUGCUGUGAUGGCCUAUGACAGGUUUGCAGCCAUUUGUAAACCAUUGCACUACAACUCCAUCAUGAACAAAAAUCUGUGCAGUGGUUUAGCAUUAUCAGCAUGGAGUGGUGGCGUAGUAAAUGCUACAAUUCAUGUUAUCCUCACGUUUCAAUUACCCUUCUGCAGGUCCCACCAUGUCAACCACUUCUUUUGUGAAGUACCUGCAUUCUUACGUUUGUCCUGUAAAGACACGAGACUCAACGAGUUGGCCAUGUACGUUGCAGCUGGGAUCAUUUCUUUAUGCGCUUUCCUGUUGACUCUAAUCUCAUAUAUCCGUAUUAUCACCACAAUCUUAAAGAUAAGUUCCUCCCAAGGGAGGCGAAAAGCUUUCUCUACUUGUACUUCACAUCUAACAGUUGUCACCCUCUUUUACGGGACCAUCAUGUUUAUCUAUCUACAACCUCGCUCAUCUUUCUCUGAAACAGAUAAGGCGGUGUCUAUUGUCUAUACAGCGAUCACGCCCAUGCUAAAUCCUAUCAUCUACAGCAUACGGAAUAAGGAUGUUAAGAGUUCCAUAGUAAAGAAUAUCCUUAGGCAAUCUAAUUUUAUAAAUACAUUUUGAUCUAGACAUCUACAUUUAACACAGUCCAUUGUAAAAUGUAAUAUAAUAUCAAGCUGAUAGAGAGAACAAGGCAACUAAAGCAUUGGCAAUAGCCACUAAAUAAAUAUAGGUCUGGCAUUGCCUAUUUUGCGUCUUAAUUAUUAUG